CUAAUGUCUGCAAAUAAAAAAUAAUAAUACUAAUAAAUUUUUUUUUUAAAAAAUCAUCAAGCAACAUAGAGAAUUAGGCUUCUUUAUGAAAGGCGCCGUUUGGACACUGGACACUGCAACACUUUAAACAACAGAUGGGCACGGUAGGUGUUCCACGUUAGCCACGGACAGACCGUUCUCCCAGGCGGCUCAUAGAAAGCUGCUGUUCUUGUGCAAAGGGGAAAGUAAGAAUAUAUUGUUACAUACAAGAAGAAUGGCUGUUUUUUAACAGCUUGGGUGUGGUACAUACAUCUCCUGUCUUCAGUUGGUCUACUGGUUGUAUUCUGUCAGAAUGUACGGCAGCUCUCGCUCUGUGAGCAAAAUGGAAGGCAAUCACAGUGGGAGCCGGAACAGCCAGGGCAACUCAGGCCGUUCUCCCAGGCUGCCACGCUCACCCCGAAUGGGACACCGCCGCACCAAUAGCAUGGGGGGCAGUGGUGGUGGGCCUGGUGGCCCUGGGGGAAAAACCCUUUCCAUGGAGAACAUCCAGUCCCUCAACGCUGCUUAUGCCACGUCUGGUCCCAUGUACAUGAGUGAUAAUGAGGUGGCUCUAGCCACCUCCUCUGACAUCCCAAAAAGUGGCAUGGCAACUGGGCGCUUCGGGGGCAGCAUCCCAUAUGGCGUGCGUGGAACAGUCACCGGAAGCACGCCUGACAUGGCCAUGGUGCCUACUGUGUCCACAGACUCCAUGAGCUUUGGAGGAGAGCUGCAUACAGCAUCCACUGUGCCACAUUCAUUGCGCCAGGCCAGGGACAACACCAUCAUGGAGCUGCAGGCGCAGCUGAAGGAGCUACUGCGGGAGAAUGAACUCCUGAGGAAGGAGGUGGAGGUGAAAGAAAGCAAACUCAGCUCAUCAAUGAGCUCUAUCAAGACCUUCUGGAGCCCUGAACUAAAGAAGGAGCGGGCACUGCGCAAGGAUGAGGCUUCCAAGAUAGCAGUGUGGAAGGAGCAAUAUCGUGCCAUUCAGGAUGAGACUCAGCACCUGCAGACCACAGUGCAGGCGCUGCAGGCUGAGUUGCGCAUCCAGCGUGACCUGAACCAGCUGCUCCAGCCGCCUGGGGAGCCGCUCGCACUUGAACCGGGCGAGGAGCAAGAAAGGCAAACUCGCGAGCUCAUCCUGCUCCGCCGUACCAUUCAGGAGAUGGAACUGCGGCUGGAGACGCAGCGGCAGACACUGGUAGCACGUGACGACUCUGUCAAAAAGCUGCUGGAGAUGCUGCACAACAAAGGGCCAAGCAAGUCCAGUGAGGAGGACCACGAGCUCACAUGCCGUCUAGCUGAUGCUGAGAUGCAUGCACAUCACUUGGAGAACCUGCUAGAGCAGCGUGAUAAAGAGAUGGUGGCUUUGCGGGAAGAGCUGCAUCGACGCCUUGAAGGGACGCCGGAGUCUACAAAAACCAAAGCUCUGCAAACCGUCAUUGAGAUGAAGGACUCACAGAUCGGCUCUUUGGAGCGAGGACUCAGGGAGCUGGAAGACCAGGUCAUGAUGCUGCGCUCCAGUAACAUGCUCACAUGUGAGGAGCGACAAGAGGAGGUCAAGCAAAUGGAGGUUUACCGCAACCACACCAAGUUCAUGAAGAACAAGAUGGACCAGGUGAAGCAGGACCUCUCUAGAAAGGACACACAGCUCCUUGGCCUGCAGACCAAACUUGAGACGCUUACCAAUCAAUUUUCUGAUAGCAAACAGCACAUUGAGGUGCUCAAAGAGUCCCUGACUGCCAAAGAGCAGCGAGCUGCCAUCUUACAGACAGAGGUGGAUGCACUGAGGUUGCGUCUUGAGGAAAAGGAAACGCUGCUUAACAAAAAGAGCAAGCAGAUCCAAGACAUGUCAGAGGAAAAGAGCACACUCAAUGGCGAGAUUCAUGACCUUAAAGACAUGCUGGAUGUAAAAGAGCGAAAAAUCAAUGUGCUACAGAAAAAGAUUGAGAACCUGCAGGAGCAGCUGAGGGAUAAAGAGAAGCAGAUGAGCAGCUUGAGAGAAAGAGUGAAGUCUCUGCAAACUGAUACAUCCAACACAGAUACAGUCCUCAGCACCCUGGAAGACUCACUGGCUGAGAAGGAAAGAAUCAUUGAGCGUCUGAAGGAGCAGCGAGACCGGGAGGAGAGGGAGAAAGCCGAGGAGCUGGACAGCAGUAAGAGAGAGCUAAAAGAGCUUAAGGAGAAAGUGAGCUUGCUGCAAGGUGACCUUUCAGAUCGAGAGAAUUCUUUGCUGGACCUUAAAGAGCAUGCAUCAUCCUUAGCCUCAUCUGGGCUAAAAAAAGACUCCAAACUUAAAACUCUGGAGAUUGCCCUUGAGCAAAGGAGGGAAGAGUGCUCUAAACUGGAAAACCAGCUAAAGAGGGCCCAGAAUGCAGCUGUUGAGGCACAGGCCAACUCAGAGCUCUCCAAGCGAAUUGCCUCAUUGGAAGCUGAUGUGACCAGGCACAGAGAGGAGUCAGGGAAGGCCCAAGCUGAAGUCGACCGACUGCUGGAGAUCCUACGACAGAUGGAGAACGAGAAGAAUGACAAAGACAGGAAAAUAAAUGAGCUGGAGAGACAGAUGAAAGAUCAAGGCAAGAAGCCGCCUGGGAAACACAGGGAGUCGGCUGGCAAAGGCCGCAGUGCUGUUGAUGGCCCACAGCAGGAGUCAUUGCGGCAGAAGGCAGAGCGCAUUGAGGAGCUAGAGGAGGCGCUGAGGGAGAGCGUACAGAUGACUGCAGAAAGAGAGAUGGUGUUGGCACAGGAGGAGGCGGCACGGAAUCACCAGGAAAAACAGAUGGAGGAGCUGCUCGGGGCAAUGGAGAAGGUGAAGCAGGAGCUCGAGUCUAUGAAAGCCAAGAUGUCAUCCACUCAGCAGUCUCUGGCUGAGAAGGAGGCUCAUCUGACCACUCUGAGGGCCGAGAGGAGGAGACAUCUGGAGGAAGUUCUGGAGAUGAAACAGGAGGCUCUGUUAGCUGCUAUCAGUGAGAAGGAUGCUAACAUUGCCCUGUUGGAGCUGUCCUCAUCCAAAAAGAAAAAGACGCAUGAGGAAGUGGCGCAGUUACGAAGGGAGAAGGACCGUCUGGUGCAGCAGCUCAAACAGCAGACACAGAAUCGGAUGAAGCUCAUGGCGGAUAACUAUGAUGACGGACAUCUGAAAAUGCCACCCGACCAGACCAACCACAAAGCUCCAAAAUCCCCUGAUCAGAUUAAAGCUGGUCGGAGAGCUGCAGUACACAGGAGCUCCACCUGAAUACACCAGACAGCCAAAGAGGAGCCACCUUUUAUCCUAUCCUUGUUUCUGUACAAAUCAACCCUGACCAAAUCUCCCUACCCUCAGACAGGGCCUUCACACCAACAGUUACUGUUGGAGCCUGGGUUGGAGAGAGUCAGACUGAAGCUGGGACUGUGACCUGGUCUCCUUUAAGAACAGCAGUAAAUGGACCUUUAAUUCCAGGAACUGCCAGCUGUGAUCUAACCCUCCUCUCUCCAGGAACCCUUUCUCUCCUCUCCUCACCUCUCCUUUCCUCUCCUGUCCUGUCCUGUCCUCUCCUCACCUCUCCUCUCCUCUCCUCUCCUCUCCUCUCCUCUCCUUUCCUCUCCUGUCCUGUCCUCUCCUCUCCUCACCUCUCCUCUCCUUUCCUGUCCUGUCCUGUCCUCUCCUCUCCUCUCCUCUCCUCACCUCUCCUCUCCUCUCCUUUCCUCUCCUCUCCUCACCUCUCCUCUCCUUUCCUGUCCUGUCCUGUCCUCUCCUCACCUCUCCUCUCCUCUCCUCUCCUCUCCUCUCCUCUCCUCUCCUCUCAGCCUUUAUCCUCUGAUCUACAGAGCACAACAAACCUAAAAUAGUCAUCUCCUUGUCUUAAAAGCCCCAGUCAGGAGUUUUUGGUCUGUCUUCAGAUAUAGAUGUGUAUAAUUAGUCAAUCUUCCUGUAUAUACUGGAUAAAUAAUGAAAGGUGUUUUUUUUUUUUUCAAAUGAAUAUGAGCACCUGACAACAAAUUACCAUAGAAAGAAGUUUUAAAAAAAUGACAAAACAUCCUCACAGGGGCUUAAAUACAGGUGCAGUUGUCAAAUUCAGCAACGUUAGCUGUGUUGUGAAUGCCUUUUUUGUUUUUUUUUCCAUUUUCUACUUUUGAUUACUAUGUUACAUCAUCAUGGUUGAUUACAGACUUAGAAUGCCCUGCAAUGUGAUGGGUGGUGCUAUGUAAACAUUUAAAAAGUAACCUGAAUGCCAAACAUAUGUAAAGUAUUAUGCAAAUUUGACAGCUGCAUCUGUUAGACAUGUGAGAAUUACGUUAACUCGUUGCCGUGUAGGUAGCUACCUUCUUGCACUUUCUUUAAUGGUUGUAUGCUUCUUUUAAAAACCGAAGAACUUUAGGACAUAAGCAUUGUACAAGUGUUGAACGAAAAACAUCAACUCACCACGUACAACCUUCUGUCAGUGGUGCAAAAUCAGGUACUGUACAUGUCACUUAAAUCUGAUGUAACAGCUGCUAAAAUCAAUAGACAAAUAAUGUACGAUGUGUUUUUGUAGUGUUCAUGACAGUCAUACAACUCUUGUGAGGUGGCUGUGGGCUUCAAUUUAAGUGUUACUAUUUCUCUGUAUAGACAGAAGAAGCCCACUGUAGCAACUAUUACAGUAAAGUAGGCUCCAGAAAUCAUCCAGCCACAUCUAGAGGUCUGGUUUAGGAGAGCACAUUGCUGGUUUUAUGUUCUCUCCUAAAUGGCAGUUUCAUUCGGUCUCUCUCUUGCAGUAAUUUUUUAUGUUGCAUUUGUGGCCUAUUGUCUUUGUGUAUUGGGAAAAAAAGGAUAGUUCUCCUUAAAACUAUAAAACAUACAAACAAACAAAAAAAAAACAACAAAAAACAAUAGAGAUGCUAAAAAAUGAAAAGACACGGGUAUGAGCAUUCUGACUUUGUAUAAAUG